GGGUAAGUGAAGGAGAGCUGAGCGGAAAUCUCACGAUCUGCUACAAUCUUCAUACUUUAAGCUAACUACUGGUGUUGGUUUGAUGAUACGGGUUCAAGCUGAUUGAAGCAACCAGAGACAAAAUGUACGCCUGCGCUAAAUUCGUGUCCUCCUCUGCACUGGUCCGCUCUGGCUCCAGGGCACUUUACAGACCCCUCUCUGCCUCCGUGCUCUCCAGGCCAGAGGGCAAAUCUGCAGAGGCCAGCCCACUCCUCCUGCCACAGAGCGCCGUAUCCCAGGUCGCACUGAGGGGCUUCCAGACCAGCGCAGUGAGCCGCGACAUCGACACAGCCGCCAAGUUCAUCGGCGCCGGAGCCGCCACCGUCGGAGUGGCCGGAUCAGGAGCCGGAAUCGGAACAGUGUUCGGAAGCCUGAUCAUCGGAUACGCCAGGAACCCGUCUCUGAAGCAGCAGCUGUUCUCCUACGCUAUCCUGGGAUUCGCUCUGUCCGAGGCCAUGGGUCUGUUCUGUUUGAUGGUUGCUUUCCUCAUCCUGUUCGCCAUGUAAAGCCUGCGCCGUCUUUCCUCUCCUCCUCCCCCCCCGGCCGUGACGACCCUCUGCGUCUCACACUGGCUGCUGAGAGUUGUGUGUUGGUGUCAUGACAGUUGUACAUUUUCCAGGUUUUUGUUGUGGAAGGCUGACAGACUAAACAGAAGAACAUGUAUUGUAAAAAUGUAUUCAAUUACAGAAUUAAAAUACAUGUGUUUCACUAUUUAAAA